AUAAGUAGAGUAGUAGAUACUGGAUAGCGAGAAAGCAAAUAUCUCUCCGAAUAAGAAAUUGCAGGCGCAAUCUCCUGGGAGGUCCAAACCCUAGAAAUCUCCCAAUCCAAUCACUUAAAUAAAUUUCCUGCAUUUUCUCUCCCUUUCUCGCGCUUUCCCUUCUAUUUUCUCUUCAACUCUUGCAGUGCGAUUGGAUCUGAGUGUUCUUUUUCAAACCAUUUUAGUUCCAUCAAUCCGGAGGAGAAAGCAAAGUCAAAGUCUUCAGUCUUGAUUUCUAGGGGUUCGGGAUUAGACAGGUAAGGCCUUUUAGAUCUGAAGAGCAAGUGAAAGAGCUCAGGAAAGUUAUUGGCGAGGUAGUGAUUGAAGUAGGUUUUGGGUUUAUUCGAGGUUUUGUGUCGUUUUGAAUUUAGGGUUUAUUGUUUUUGGAGAGAUUUGGAUUGUAGGGGAGUGUUGGUGUGGCAUCAGAGAGAAUCUGAGUUGCCAAUGCCAUUUGUUUCGUUUUUGGAGGAUUUUUCGGUGAUUUUUCAGAUACCGAAAAAGUUUGAGCACAAUGUCUUGGGCAGGACCGGAAGAUAUAUUUCUAUCUACUUCUCUUGCAAGCUAUCUUGACAAAAAGCUGCUUGUGUUGCUGAGAGAUGGUCGAAAGCUGUUGGGCAUACUUCGUUCCUUUGAUCAAUUUGCUAAUGCUGUCAUUGAAGGUGCAUGUGAGCGAGUAAUUGUUGGUGACCUCUAUUGUGACAUCCCUUUAGGUCUAUAUGUAAUACGUGGAGAAAAUGUCGUUUUAAUUGGCGAGCUGGACUUGGAGAAGGAGGAACUCCCCCCACAUAUGACUCGUGUUUCAGCAGCUGAGAUAAAAAGGUGAUACAUUUUGACAAAGAAGUAAUUCAGGAAGCAAAAAUUUUAAUAGGUGUUGGAGGAGUGACUACCUUUAUAAGAUUGAUAGGGUUAAGACUUAGGUGUGCAAGGAAAGCGAAAUCGGAGAUAGCAAGGCCCAAAGCGGCGUCGCCGACGAUCAUUGGACAUUGGUAGGAGGCGGAAUCAGUGUAUGAAGAUCAAGUUAGGGCCUAUCCCAAGAGUUGCUUUUCCACUUCCAUGAUUGAAGAUGUCAUGGUCAUUAUGUACUCUUGCUAUUGGUAUCUAUCAUCAUCAUCUUGACGGCGUAUAUGUACUUCAAUAUCACAUAGUUCUCCAAGGUUUGCUUCUUGUGUGAAACACAUUUGUGGACUUAAAAAAGAGAAUUUAGUAGAUGUAGAUGCUGGGAUGGGAGAGAGUUUGACAAUGUCUUGAUCUAAACUGGUAUCAAGUAUGUAAGGCAUAGAGGAUGGUUGAGGGCCUGUGUGAUAUUGACUGUUUCAAUGUAUUCAAAAACUCUUUCCUUGCAUUCUAAAAUAAAAAUCUUCAUGGUUUCUAUCCUAGUGUUGCUCAAGUUUUUGAAGGUUUGAUUCCCCAUGAGCAACAAAAGCCUUGUAUGAACUCUAAUGGACUUAUUUUAUCCUAGCAUUUACUUAUG